UGUUGCUGUUUGUUUGAAAGCAGAUCGUCAUUCGUUCAUUCAUGCAUCGCGCGGCUGUCUUGCUCCGACACUUGGCGUCGCACUCUAAGAGCGCGAGUCCUUCCGUGCGCAGCGUCCGAUUCGCAUCGACGGGUGCUGCUGGCGGAUCUGGACCUGGAUCUGGACCUGGAUCUGGGUCUGGCGCGAGAACGGGCACUGGAGCCGGAACAGGAAUCGGAGCCGGAGCAACCGAAUUUGGAGCAAUUGGGAGCAAUUCGCAGCCGACUACGGCGCGUGUGUUUGCGUACAACCCCGACGCCACGCCGUCCGUGUCCAUGGAGACGCGAGGCAAGAUCUGCACCAUCAUUCUGAGUCGCCCGGUCGCACGGAACGCAGUCGACCGUCCCACUGCCGAAGCGCUUGCAGACGCAUUCAGAGCGUUCGACCAAGACCCAACGAUGCAUGUCGCGGUCCUGUUUGGCGCCAACGGCACGUUCUGUGCAGGAGCUGAUCUCAAGGCCCUUGCAUCAGGCAAUCCGCAGCGCUACAACAGACUGGAAGAAACCGGCGAUGGACCGAUGGGACCGACGCGCAUGACGGAAUUGUCCAAGCCAGUCAUCGCUGCGUGUACUGGGCAUGUCGUUGCGGGUGGCCUGGAGCUCGCACUGUUGUGUGAUCUGCGGGUUGCGCACGAGGAUGCCGUGUUUGGCGUCUUUUGUCGCCGAUUUGGCGUGCCGUUGAUUGACGGUGGAACAUUCCGACUGCCGCGAAUUGUCGGACACGGUCGCGCAAUGGACAUGAUUCUUACCGGACGUGCAGUGGAUGCCAAGGAAGCGCUCGGCAUGGGACUUGUGACAAAGCUGGUACCCAAAUCGCAAGACGUUCGCACGGCUGCCGAACAACUGGCCGAGCAGAUCAGUGCGUUUCCGCAAGAGUGCAUGCGCCGCGAUCGCGCGUCCGCCCUGCAACAAUGGGGCAUGUCGGAAAAGGACGCCCUCCACAACGAGUUUCAACACGGGCUUGUUUCUCUUGCUGCUGGAGCUCAAGCCGGCGCUCUAUCGUUUGCUCAAGGCAAAGGUCGAGGCGGCCAGUUUUGAUUGAUGCAUUUGGGAACUUGUACAGCAAUACAAUCACCGCCCGAUUCUGCACUG